GCUAACAGCCCUCGAUACUGAAAGAUCCACACACAGACUCUCCACAGAGUGAAGAGGCACAUUUGGUACCCAGACUGAGAUGUUUCCUCUGGACUCCCCAUGGAAUAUUUCCUUUGCCGGCUGCGGCUUCCUGGGGAUUUAUCAUAUCGGAGUCGCCAGUUGCCUGAAGGAACACACACCUUUCCUAGUGGAAAAUGCUAGAAAUAUCUAUGGAGCCUCUGCUGGGGCUCUCACAGCUACAGCACUGGUCAGCGGAGCCUGCCUGGGGGAAGCCGGGGCAAACAUAAUUGAUGUGUCCAAGGAAGCCAGGAAGCGGUUUCUGGGGCCUCUGCACCCAUCCUUCAACCUGGUUAAGAUCAUCCGGAACUGUCUCUACAAGACUCUACCGGAAGACGCACAUGAAAAAGCCACAGGUCGACUGGGGAUAUCCCUUACCCGGGUGUCGGAUGGGGAGAAUGUGCUGCUCUCCCAGUUUAACACCAAAGAAGAGCUGAUCCAGGCCUGUGUCUGCAGCACCUUUAUACCAGUAUACUGCGGCCUGAUACCUCCGUGUCUGCAAGGUGUGAGAUACGUGGAUGGCGGAAUAUCAGAUAAUCUGCCUCAGUAUGAGCUGAAGAACACUAUCACAGUAUCCCCGUUUUCUGGGGAGAGUGACAUUUGUCCCCGGGACGGCUGCACCAAUCUCCAUGAGCUCAGGGUGACCAACACCAGCAUCCAGUUUAACCUCAGCAACUUGUACCGACUCUCUAAAGCCUUAUUCCCUCCAGAGCCACAGGUACUUAAGGACAUGUGCAAGCAAGGAUACAGAGACGCUCUUCAUUUCCUCAAAAGGAAUGGGUUGUUAAACAGACCUCAGCCUGGCAGGCCUCUUGCGCUUCCAGCCCCUGAAAAUAUAGCCAAUGAGAAUGAAGCGAGUAGAAACAGUGAGGAGCCAGAAGACGACAUUGCAGCAGUGCAGGCAGCUGAGGAUCACAUAUUUGAACAUCUGCCCCAAAGACUUAACCAAGCUCUCCUGGAAGCUUGCAAAGAAAAGCGCAGUAUGUAUCUGUCUAUAUCCAAUCUGCUACCCGUGCGCAUGGCGUCUGCACUUAUGUUGCCGUAUACCCUGCCCCUGGAAUCUGCUCUGUCUUUCACUGUCAGACUCUUGGAAUGGCUUCCUGAUGUCCCUGAAGAUAUUGAGUGGAUCAAGGACCAGACCAGGAAAGUGUGUCGUUAUGUCCUGCGCAAUGCAAAGAAACAGCUGGGAAACCACAUCACAGCCAGGCUUUAUUACCACUUGGAGUUGAGACGAGCCCAGAGCGUGACGGUCCCCCUGACUUUUAGUUCCAGUGACUGUUUGCCCAGAUGGGUAAGAACCAGUACCUCUCUUAUGGACAUGAUGCAGAAAUGGGAGGAAUAUCAAAGGCAGUUGAUGCCAGGACUCUUCUGUAUCAAUGUUGACAUGCAAGCCACCCUUUAUCACCAUCAGCAUCCCAAACAACCUUCUCUCUCUAUGGACCCUGACAGCCUAAUAAUGGUUGAUGUGAGCAAGGAGAGCAGCAAUGAGACUUUCUGAAGGCCUUCCUGCCAAAAUAGACAUUUAGAUGUCUAGCGAUGACUAUCUUUGUGAUGAAGGCUUAUAAGAGAUAAUGUAUAUCUCUGUGGUUGCAGUGGCCUGGACAUGGUCUUCUCUGGAGCCUAAUUCUGUUGGAGACAUUAUUUGCUGAAGUUGGAUCUAGACUUAGUAAAGCCAGAGCUGGCAGAUGUAGUAAAGACUAAUGAGAUCAUGAAAACAUCUUCAAAGAUUACAUCUCUUAGGCUUCAUGGGUUUCACUAAGAUUUUCCCAGGAGGAGUCCAAGCACAAAGCUCUCGGUGAAGAUGGAUUCCAAAUCCUACAGGGACAAUGAUGGCGGUGAUAAUCAUAGCAACAUGGAACUUUGAUGUGGAAUGGUAGUAUCAUCAUGUCUAAUAACGUGCCGUUAUUGAAGAAGACUAUGUAACUAAAAAUGAAGGGUUUUAACCUCAUUUCAGUACUACAGGUUGUAUUGCUAAUACAAUACGGUGAAAGUCAAGAUACACUCUAAGAGAGUGAAGGUUUUUCGCCAUAUAGUAGCUUACAUUGUAACACUUACAAUAAUGACCCUGAAAAGAAAAUCCAAUGAUCAACAGAAUGGUGCUGUGCUCAGUUUGACAAAUAUUUACCUAAUGGUACAGGAGCAUUUUUAUAGGGAAUGAUGGCCUCCCAAAAGUCCAGUGCUCGGUGAUCUACACAAAUAUACCCUCAUGGGCAGGAAUAGGCAGAUUACUAACUCUAUAGGUGUUAGAGAAAUGCAACACUGCUUCUAGCAGCUCAGCUGAUGGAAGAGUAAUGUAAGUUUGAAGUUUGGCAAAAUCAGGAAUUCCUGACCAUUUCAGUACAUUCAUGUUGGUCUCUCAGCAGGGUACAGUUGAUUUACUUACUGCAGUGCAUUUCCCAAUAACAGCACUGAAUGACUGCAUAGAAAUAUUUUGCACCCCCUCUUCCCAAGUGAACAAAAAAA